GUGUCCAGACCCAGGCCACAGGUGAGCAUGGCGGAGCAGGAGCCCACGGCGGAGCAGCUGGCCCAGAUCGCAGCCGAGAACGAGGAGGACGAGCACUCGGUCAACUACAAGCCCCCGGCCCAGAAGAGCAUCCAGGAGCUGCAGGAGCUGGACAAGGACGACGAGAGCCUGCGCAAGUACAAGGAGGCGCUGCUGGGCCGCGUGGCUGUGUCGGCCGACCCCAGCGUGCCCAACGUCGUCGUGACCCGCCUGACCCUGGUGUGCAGCACUGCCCCGGGCCCCCUGGAGCUGGACCUCACAGGUGACCUGGAGAGCUUCAAGAAGCAGUCGUUCGUGCUGAAGGAGGGUGUGGAGUACAGGAUAAAGAUCUCCUUCCGGGUGAACAGGGAGAUCGUGUCCGGCAUGAAGUACAUCCAGCACACGUACCGGAAAGGCGUCAAGAUCGACAAGACCGACUACAUGGUGGGGAGCUACGGUCCGCGUGCGGAGGAGUACGAGUUCCUGACCCCCAUGGAGGAGGCGCCCAAGGGCAUGCUGGCGAGGGGCAGCUACAACAUCAAGUCUCGCUUCACCGACGACGACAAGACCGACCACCUGUCCUGGGAGUGGAACCUCACCAUCAAGAAGGAGUGGAAGGACUGAGCCCUGGGCUGGGAGGCAGGCAGGGCGGAUGGAUGGACAGAUGGACGAUGUGCCCCACUCCACACCCCUCCCCACCCCAUACCAAAGUGCUGACAGGGCCCCUCCCCGGCUACCUU